UGACGGUCCUGUAGCGGGCUGCGAAUUUGGAAUGAAUUGUAAACAAAAGGCGUUAGGCCAAGGAUUUGUAAACAAAAAGUAUAGUUGAACGAUGAAUGAUCAAAAAUGUGGUGUGUUAAUAUUAGAUGCUAUAGAUCAACUUCGAAAAAGAAAAGCUAGACCUGAUUUGGAUAGGAUAUGCCAUAUGCUAGAAAGGAGACAUGGGUUAAAAGGAGCAGCUGUCAGCGAUGAAUUACAAAGACUUGUCAAUGAAGGCACAGUUGUGAAAGUUGAUUAUAAAGGAAAUACAAGCUAUCGCAAUGCAGCUAAAUGGGUUAAAACAAAAACACAAUUCUAUGGAAGCUUCUAUAAUUCGAACGAUAUAUCUUCUGUGGUUUUAGAAUCGGUGCGAGCAUUGACGAUGUCCGGUAAAGAUCAUCCUUUAAGAAGUGCCUCUAUGCAAGACAUAGAACAAUAUUUGUUGAAGAGAGAUUCUCAGUCAAAUUUGAACCUUGCAACUUUGCGAGCUGUGUUGGAAAAGGAAGUUGAUAAACAAAAUCUGCAUCAGCUACCUAAUGGCGAAUACAUUCCUUUAAAACCUACUUUCUCAGACAGUAUUACCCUGGAGAAAAGUGGAAUUGACAGUUCAAAGAAAUUAGAUAAAUUAGAGACUACACCUCCUAAAAGAAUGAAGCUUGAAACUGAUAGUAUCUCCCAAGAAAAUUCUAGCAAUUCUAGUGAAGAGUCUCAGCCCAGUCGAUGUGAUUAUUGUUUAUUUACGGCAAGUGCAAACAGAAAAGGGGAACCUGAGGAACUGCUCACUUGUAAGGAUUGUGGAGCAAAAGCUCAUCCUAGCUGCAUGGAGUAUACUAAAUUGUUAUAUGAAAAAUAUCCUGAUUCACAGAAUUGGCAGUGUCCUGACUGCAAAACAUGUAUUGUCUGCGAAGAAAAUAAUUCAACAACUGAUUUGCUUACUUGUUACACUUGCUUCAAUGCUUUUCAUAUGAAUUGUCAUAAUCCGGCCAUUACAACCAAGCCGACAGGUAUUUGGCUUUGUUCUUCCUGUGAUACUGCUGUUGAUAAAGACAAAAUGGGAAAAUCAAAAACGAAAUUAAGUGCAACAGAUAACAAAUCUGAAAAUGGGGCUUAUUUACCAAAUCCAUUUCAGAAAACGUUGGAAGAGUACCCUACUACAGUACCUGUUGCUAGAAAAUGGAGCAUUGAAAAUGUUGAAGAAUUUUUCAAAUUCAUUGGAUUUGAAGAUGAGGCUCCAGCCUUCCGUGAGCAGGAAAUUGAUGGUCUUUCACUCUUACUCAUGAAACGAAAUGACGUUUUGACUGGUUUAGGAAUCAAACUAGGCCCUGCAUUGAAGAUAUAUAAGCACAUUGUCACACUGCAGUCCCGAAUUGGCGACAAUUAACUGAGAUGUUGAAUUUUAACAAGUGUAAAGUGUUAUGCACCAUAAGUGUAUUUGUGUAUAUGUUUGCUACAGAUUAAUAAAAAAAAGGACAGGAAAUACUUUUAAGGAAAUGUUACUGUUGAUCCUCUAUCAUUCAGACUGUGUGCCAAAAUGCUUUACUCGUGGCUUAGAUAAUGCUCUAAAGCACAAUCACUGUAUUUUUAAUGAGACUAAAAAUGUGUAAGGAUUGUAUUAGAUGCUGUGUAAUGCAUAUGUAUUGUUAAGUUACUGUAUUGUGCCUCAAUUAAUUCAGGAUUUGACAUUCUCUUUUAAAACCAUUAUAAAAUGUUUUCUUUGAAUUAAAAUAUAAUAAAAAUGCAUUAUUUUGUUUAUUAAGUGGCAAAUAUCAGCCAACAAAGGAUAUGAAAGUGGUGUUGAAUUUCUUUUGAUAGUUUUCUGUGAAAAAUGAAAAUGUUUUAUUUUAACUGAGUGUAUUGAUUAUAUUACUAAAUAAUCUUGUAUCACAUUAUUCAUUAAUGGGGUUAUUUACUUUUUUGUUAUAGUAGUAUAAAUAAUUUAUAUAAUAAGUACCUUGGCAUAAGCUUAUAGCAAUGUGUGCAUGGUAGCCUUUGAGGUAUGAAAUCAUAACUGCCUUCAUAUUUCCACAACUUCAUAUCAUACGAGUCUGCUUUGAAAUCAUUGUACAACUGCAAAAUAAACUAUAGUCAUAUUAA